UCCCCCCCAGGCCGGUUCUGGGUCUCGGACGGGGAAGGGGGGGAAAAGGGGCGGGGGCUGCUCGAGACCCCCGUCCGGUGCUGCCGCUUUGCUGUGGGGCGGUGGGAUCCCGACCGGGGUCCCUGGUUCCCCCACGCCAGGCCCUGCGUCUCCCGUCCACCUGCUGGGUCGCAUCACCGGCUAAAAAUACCCCGCGGCGGCAGCUGGUGUCAGAGGGGUGCAGCCCAGAGCCGGUGCACCGGGACGGCUCCCUGAAAGCCUCCCAGCUACAGGCUGGAGGGACGGGCUGGCACCGGCACCGUGGCUCUCCCGGUAACAUCCAGCCGGUCCUGGGAGUUGGGUCGUGUCCCACUGUCCGUGUGUCCGCCCAUCUGUCCCUUUGCAGGUAGCGCUGGACUGUCCCUAUGGCGGAGAAAUUGGAUCCCCGAGAUUCAGAGAGCAGCUGGGUGAUGGCGGGCAGUGAGGGUCUGCCCAUUGACACAGUGGGUCCAGAGCAGGACUCAGCCUCCCACGGGUCUGACAAUGAGGAACCGGAGGAGGAGGAUGAAGGCACCCAGGACACAGUCACAGGCAGGCAACCACCAGGGGGAUACCCCUUGUGCCAACGCCUGUGUCUGCAGGACCCAGAGCAAUGUGAGGACUCCAAGGCACGGGCAGGGCCUGCCCUGGAUGGCUCUGCAGAGCCCAGUGUGUUGGAGGGCGAUGAGCAGGAGGAGCUGAAUGCUGAGGCUGAGCCACAACCCUGCCCUGACACCGCCCAAGAAGGGCCAGCAAUGGAGGACGUGUCCUGCACCAGCAGUGACGAUAACGUGGAGGGGCUGCGGUGGCGGCCGGGCCACAAGCCCUGUCCUGAGCCCCCCACUGUCACACCUGCCCCACAGCAGGGGUCACCAGACACUGGUGAUGAUGGGCUCAGUAUGAGCACGUACCUGCUGGGGGCCUUGGCCUUGGUUGCUCUGGGGCUGCUGAUCAUCACUGGUGGUAUCUACGAUGUGGCAGAUGGCCCUGUGGAGAGUGUUGGGAGCUGGGACUUGGCUGCUGGGGAGCAGGAGUCACUGCUGUCCAUAGACAGCAAUGACUCGCAGCAGAAGUCUCCUCUGCCAGAUGAUGGGGGCCCGCAGAACAUGCAGUCCAUGAGCCAGCUCCUGGACAAGCUGGCCAAAGAGAACCAGGAGAUCCGGCUCAUGCAGGCAGAGCUACAGGCCCACAAGGAAGAUCUGCAGGCACUGCUGCACAAGAGCGAGGGCGAGGCAGCGGCGGCCGGGGCGCAGCAGCAGAGCCUGGCCAGAGAGAACGCGCAGCUGCGUGCGGCGCUGGAGCGGGAGGUGACCGCGCUUCGAGAGGCCCAGGCUGAGCUGCGGCGCCUUCAGGCCACCACGGGGGCCCCUAGCAGCCCCAGGGAGCCAAGGGCAGAGCAGGCACGUGCCACAGAGCAGCCACGUGCCACAGGCAUGCCAGGGCACGGCAAGGCCGCGGCAUGGCGGCACAGAAGCCUGAAUUCACUGCGGCAGGAGCUGGCAGACACCCUGGACCGUGUGCGGGGCUCUGGGGAUCUCAAGGGGCUUAUGGAGGAGCUGAGCACCCUGGAGCAGCACCUGGCCCAGGUGCUGAAGGCAGACGUGUCGGGGUCCUUCUCCACACCCUGGAAGAAGCCAUCCAAGGUGGAGAAGGAGAGCAGGUGGCACAAACAGCAUGGCACCAGGGGGUCCCCCCACGAGCAGGAGAGGAGAGAGCAGGGCAAACCCCACAAGAAGGAGCCCCGAGCCCCCCGUGAGCACAAGCCAGGCAAAGCCUGGGGGAAGCCGUCUCACAGCCAUCCCCGGCACGAUUCCCAUGAGCUGCCCUGGCUCAAGCGGUACCGGGCACCACAGGGCUGUUCUGGGGUGACUGACUGUGCCCACAAGGAGGGCCAGGAAGUGCUUGGGGUUGCCCUGGAACCGGUGCAGAAGGUGCAGUUCCUGCAACUGCUGGAGAGCUUCAUGGGGCAGCUGGGCUUGGGGAGACAAUUUGGGAGGCUGGCACUGCAGCUCGAUGGGGCCUUCAGGGCUGACGGUGUCUUUGCCCACGACCGCCUGCGGUUUGUGGAUUUUGUGGAUGAUGUGGAGGAUCUGCUUGAGGAUGUGGCAUGGCAGGAGCGGGGCGACAAGGAGGCAGCUGAUGGCUUCGAGGAGUACAUGCUGCGGCACUACAGUGGCACCUCCAGGAACGUGUGGAGCCAGAGAGCCCCAAGACAGUAUGGCACACGUGCGUAGAGCCAGGGGAGCAGUAUUGUGCCUGCACCCCCAUGCAAGGGCUCCCCAUAUGCUGUUUAUGGGGGGCUAGGGGUGACCCACACCCUGUAGGGCCAAGUAGGGCCACAUCCACAACCAAAUGCACUGUGUGAUGCUGCACUGCCACCAUGAAUAAAGUCACUGCUGGGC